AUGGAUAUGUCCUCGAAGGUUUGUAUCGUGACCGGCGCGAACACCGGCAUUGGCCGCGUGACGGCGCUCGAACUCGCACGUCAGGGCGCGGAAGUCGUGAUGAUGUGCCGCUCCGAAGAGAAGACCAUGCCGGUCCUCGAAGAGAUCGUUCGGGAAACCGAAGCGAAGGUUUCGUUUGCGCAGAUCGAUCUUGGCUCGCUCGCGUCGGUUCGGGCGGCGGCCAAGCGUUGGCUCGCGACCGACAAGCCCAUCCACGUUUUGGUCAACAACGCGGGGCUGGCCGGGCACCAGGGCGUGACCUCGGACGGCUUCGAGAUGCACUUUGGCGUGAACCACCUCGGCCACUUCCUGCUGACGAAACUUCUCGAGCCGCGCAUUCGGACCUCCACACCCGCGCGCAUUGUGAACGUGGCGAGCACCGCGCAUUACCGCGCGAAGGGCAUCGACUACGACGCCGUGCAAACUAAGACCGCAAGCGCGACCGGGCUUCACGAGUACCAGGUCUCUAAAUUGGCGAACGUGAUGUACAGCGUCGAACUUGCGCGUCGCCUCGAGGGUUCGGACAUCAAUGUGUACUCGCUUCAUCCGGGGGUUGUGGCGUCGGAUGUUUGGCGCCGGGUGCCGUGGCCGAUUCGCCCGAUCAUGAAACGCUUUAUGAUCACGAAUGAAGAGGGCGCGAAGACGACGAUUCACUGUGCGACGUCCGAUGAAGCGGCGCAGGAGACGGGGCUGUAUUACGACAGCAGUACCGUUAAGCCGCCCAAUCCUUUGGUGCGGGAUCGGACAUUGACGGCAGAGCUUUGGGAGAAGAGUGAAGCGUUUAUCGCGAACGCACUCGGCGAGUGA